CUUCUCUUCACCAUAUCGUCUCAUUGUUCUCGCCAUCACGCCUCAAGAUGUUAAUCCACAUGUUGAUUCGUUGCUUCGUUUUCUCAGUGCUCGCCGAGUUUGUAAUCAGCUUCAUUGUCCCAGACCAAGAAGUACUCACCUCUCUACCAACAAACAAAGACCCAAAUGCAAUUCUCGCAGCCCUCCGCAAUGCAGAUAUCAUUCCAGACGUGCUCAACACUUUCUCCCCCCUGCUUUCCCUAACACUCAACUGGUCCUCCACCGCCCACACAAACCUAGGCAACACACUUCCCCCUUCCUCCCUGCAGCAACCCCCUUCCGUCAUAAUCAACAAGAUCCCCUCUGCCUAUCUCCCGUAUAACACUCAACUCGUCCUCGCCCUCACGGACCCGGAUGCUCCUUCCCGUGACGACCCAAAAUGGAGUCAAGUGUGCCAUUGGCUGGUCACCGCGAAAUCUGGACGCGUGAAGGAGCUGGUGGAGUAUAAGGCGCCGGCGCCGCCUGAGGGGACGGGAAGCCAUAGAUAUGUGGUUGUGGUGAUGGUUGCGAAGAAUGGGACCACGGAGGGGUUGGAAUUGACGGUGCCGAAGGAACGGAGGCAUUGGGGUUACGAGGGAGAGAGGAGUGGGGUUAGGGAGUGGGCUAAGGAUAAUGGGUUGAAGGUUGUUGGUGCCAACUUCAUCUACGCACAGAAUGACAAGCAGUAGAGCAGAUCUACGCAUCCAGAGUCUGUUAGAUGACCUUGUGCGUCGAGAGCUUAGCUCCACCCAACACCUUUCUUUAUACCUUUCUAUAUCAAGCAUGUUAUACCU